AUGUAUGACGAUAUUGUGCUGGUAUUGCGCGAUGACUGGGACGAUGCCCAGUUCAAAUUUUGGACUCAACAACCCUUGGUACUGGUCAAAAGUGGAGAUUCCAAUGUCGUUUACAACAAAGCUAAAGUCAGUCACGGUCGGAAGUUACCGUUACUUUACCUGGAACUGAUAACUGCCCAGUUACCAGAGUGGCUAGGGCCUCAAGCCGAUUAUAUUAAGAAAGGAAUUGCUUUUGCUGAUAUAGCUACAAAAGAAGAUGAACAAAAAAAUUAUAAAAGAGCAUAUGAAAAUUAUUUGUCUGCUGCAGAAUGGAUUCUACUAGCAAAAAAACAUGGAAAUAUGAAUGAAGACACAAAAGUGAUGAUUACUAGAAAAGCUGAAAGUUAUAUUAAUCGAGCAGAACAGAUUAGAAUACUCCUUCGUGAAAAAAAUGGAGACGAUGACGAUGACGAUGAAGUUGAUCCAGAAAAGAAAAAAAUGGCUCAAAAGUUUGCAGGCUCCAUUGUUUCUGAGACAAAAGUUUCAUUUCAUGAUGUCGUUGGCUUAGAUCAGGCCAAAGAAGCUCUGAAAGAAGCUGUUAUAUUACCAAUCAAAUUUCCGAGGCUAUUUACUGGUAGCAGAAAAUCGUGGGCUGGAAUAUUGCUGUACGGACCACGUGGCACUGGAAAGUCCUAUUUAGCUAAAGCGACAGCGACUGAAUGUAAAAGUACAUUUAUAUCUGUCAGCUCAGCGGAUUUACUAUCAAAAUGGCUUGGCGAAAGUGAAAAAUCCGUUCGAUAUGUAUUUGAAUUAGCACGUGAAAAGCAGCCAGCCAUUGUAUUUAUCGAUGAAAUCGAUGCUCUUUGUUCAACAAGAACAGAUAAUGAAUCGGAAUCUGCUAGACGUAUCAAAACAGAAUUUCUUGUACAGAUGGAAGGUGUUAGAAAUAAUCAAGGAGUAUUAAUACUUGCAGCUACUAAUAUUCCGUGGGGUUUGGAUUCAGCUAUUCGACGACAAUUUGAAAAACGGAUAUACAUACCACUGCCUGAUCAAGCAGCACGUAGGUCAAUGUUUAAGUUACAUCUUGGACCAAAUGCGCAGCACACAUUAACUGAAAACGAUUGGACAAUAUUAUCUCAAAAGUCAGAAAACUAUUCUGGCGCAGAUAUUGCAGUAGUUGUUAAAAAUCCUCAGCGAGGCGGAUCAGAAUUUUUAUGGGCAGCAUGCUCUCCGGGAGAUCCUCAAGCUAUAGAACUUACAUUAGACGAAAUCAAAGCUGAUGAAUUAUACGAACCACCAGUUACAAUGGGCGAUAUGUUAGCUGCAUUAUCAACAGAAAAAGCAACUAUUGAAGCUGCUGAUUUAAGACAACAUCAGAAAUUCACAGAAAAGUAUGGUCAAGAAGGUAGCUAA